AUGGACAAUCGUUCGGGAAAGAAACCAACUACUGUGGUACUGGAAGAGAUGCGUAUUGAGGAGAUUGAAACUACUGACAAAAAGAUCAAGCGAACAUGGUCGUAUGUGAAGAAGGAGGCUCUGCCAAAGAUCCCUGAAACCGAACCAUCGUCGUUGUCGGCUCGCGAGAAGGCGGAGAGUGAGGUCAACUUGUUGAAGAAUAACAGUUACAUUUCGAGAGUCUCAUCUCCUCUGGCCCAUCGUCUCAAACAGCAGAGAAUCGAGAAAGGAGAGAGACUUCAUUUGAAUUGA